AUGAGAAAUCACACAGAAAUAACAACUUUCAUCUUGCUGGGACUGACAGAUGACCCAUAACUACAAGUUCUGCUUUUCAUCUUUCUAUUUGUCACCUACAUUUUGAGUGUAACUGGGAACCUGACUAUAAUUGCACUCACAUUGAUGGAUCUCCGCCUUAAAAAACCUAUGUACUUUUUCCUCAGAAAUUUUUCCUUCUUAGAAAUUUCAUAUACCUCUGCCAGUAUUCUUAGAUUCCUGUACAGUUUAUCAACUGGGGACAAUACGAUCACUUACAGUGAUUGUGCAUGUCAAAUGUUCUUUGUUAUUCUCCUUGGAGCAGUAGAAUUUUUCCUCCUGGCAGCCAUGUCCUAUGAUCGCUAUGUGGCCAUCUGUAGACCUCUUCACUACAUGACUAUCAUGAACAACAGAGUGUGUACCUUACUAGUCCUCUCUUGCUGGGGAUGUGUCUUAGUAAUUAUAAUCCCGCCCUUUAGCUUGAGCUUCCAGCUUGAAUUCUGUGAUUCCAAUGUCAUUAAUCAUUUUGGCUGUGGUCCAGGUCCCUUCCUAAAGAUUUCAUGCUCAGACACAUGGGUAAUAGAACAAAUGCUUAUGCUUGGAGCAGUAUUUACACUCAUUGGGACCCUAGUCUGUGUGAUUCUGUCCUACACAUACAUCAUCAGGACAGUUCUGAGAUUCCCCUCUGCACAGCAAAGGAAAAAGGCCUUUUCUACCUGCUCCUCCCACAUGAUAGUGGUUUCCAUUGCCUAUGGCAGCUGCAUCUUCAUGUACAUAAAGCCAUCAGCAAAGGAUCAGUUGGCCACAAAUAAAUUAGUUACACUUCUUGUUGCUUCUGUUGCACCCUUGUUAAAUCCUUUUAUUUACACCUUGAGGAACAAGCAAGUGAAACAAGCUUUCAAUGACUUUAUGAAAAGGAUUGCAUUUCUCUCAAAGAAGUCUUGA